CGAUUCAGAUUGGUUGGCCUUUGUGAUGUAUUCAUCGUCUAAAGUCGACUUGCAAACAAGUGUGUAGUAAAGGUGUUUAUACAACAGACAUGCGAUAUUGAAAUACUUCGGCGAAUGUUUAUCACAACGAAAACUGGUUUAAACAGAAUCUCAAAGAGAACAUUUCGUUUUUCACGAAAUUUUUACGUUUUCGUGUAGUGUUUUUGUGAAGUAAGGUGAAGACAAAAUUUCGCUUUUUGAGGAGUUUUCAACAAAACGUGACCGCUGGUAGCGGAAGUCAGACACUACAAACAUUUGACAUCUUUCGUGAGCAGCCAGAAAAAACUACACAUAAUUGUGGACUUUCAAAAUACAACCGCAUAGAAAAGAUCAACAAACAUGGUCGCGAGUUUGUUGGGGGCGGUGCCCUCCUUCAAGAAGCUCAGCUCGUCGCGCAGCGAUGACUGGAUCGACCGGAUGUCGCACAUAUACACCGUCUUCCUGCUCGUCAUAUUCGCCGUCCUCGUGAGCACCGGUCAGUUCGUGGGCGACCCGAUCCACUGCUGGUGCCCGGCGCAGUUCACGGGCGCGUUCGAGAGCUACACGAAGAACUACUGCUGGAUUAAAAACACGUAUUACAUUCCGAUGAUGGAGACCAUUCCCAUGGACAUCCACAAACGACAGGAAGCGGAGAUCACGUACUACCAAUGGGUGCCGCUUAUCCUGCUCUUCCAAGGGUUCAUGUUUAAGUUCCCGAACGUUCUAUGGAAGAUGCUCAACAGCGGCUCCGGUCUGAACUUGGACAAGAUCUGUAAACUCGCAGACGAGACGCAGUGGGGAUCUCCAGAAGACCGCAAGGUGGCGAUCGAGAACAUGGCCUUCUUCCUAGACCGAUGGCUGCUGACCCACCGCCAGUACAAACACAAUUUCGUUGCCCGCGCUAAGGCGAAGGCGUCUCGCCUGUUUUGCUUCCUUUGCAACAAGCGUGAAGGUACUUUUCUCACCGCCUUGUACCUAAGUAUCAAGGUCGUCUUCCUGGCGAACGUCAUCGGCCAGUUCUUCCUUCUCAACGCUUUCAUGUCCACCGAUUACAGCGUCUACGGAUUCGAGUUUAUAUCCAUGUUGAAUACCGGGGAGUCCAUGAAAGAAAGCCCGCGAUUUCCGAGGGUCACGCUUUGUGACUUCCAGAUUCGUCAGUUGCAGAACAUUCAAAGGUGGACCGUACAGUGCGUGCUCCCCAUCAAUCUGUUCAACGAGAAAAUCUUCAUCUUCCUCUGGUUCUGGUUCUUCUUCAUCGCCUGCCUCUGCGGAUUCAACCUCCUUAAGUGGAUGUUCCUGAUCGUCUUCAAGCGCAACAACUACAUGUACGUGAAGAAGUACCUGACGAUCACCGAGCAGAUGCAGAACGCGUCCGAUAAGAAAAUGUGCAGAAGAUUCGCCGAACAGUAUCUCAGAGAUGACGGCUGCUUCGUCGCCCGCAUGAUCGGCAUGAACUCGACGGACAUGGUGAUCACGGAUCUGCUCGACUGCAUGUGGCGGAACUAUCGCCUCCGCGAGGAGCCCAAGGCCGCGGAUUACCCGGAUGGAGAGGACGAGGCCAAACUUCUGGACAAAGAGAAGGAUUCCAACCCCCUAGCAUUCCGUGGAAACCACUGGGCACUCGACGGUUUUGGAACGAUCCGGAAGUUCUUCAAUCCUACAGCGGAUGACUGGAUCGACAAGCUGAACCACAAGUACACGACGGUGCUCGUGCUCAUGUUCGCCACCAUUGUCUCCACCUCGCAGUUCGUAGGCGACCCAAUACACUGCUGGAGUCCGGCGGAAUUCAGCGGUGCCUGGAAUAAGUACACAUCGGCCUACUGCUGGAUUAAGAACACGUAUUUCAUACCCAUGACCAACACGCUGCCACGAGAUCUAAACGUCAGAUCGAACGCAGAGAUCACGUACUACCAGUGGGUACCGCUGAUCCUGGUCUUCCAAGCCGUCAUGUUCAAGUUCCCGAACUUCCUGUGGGUAUUUUUGACCCCGCGUUCGGGUUUCAACAUGGUCAAGGUGUCGACACUUGCACACAAGGCAUAUUACGAGGACCCAAAAAAACGUCAAGAGGCCAUCGCCAACAUCGCCAAAUUCAUGGACAUUUGGAUUCGCUCGCAUUUCUACUACAAACAGAACGUCUUCACGCGAACGAAGGCGCGAAUUUCCCGGGUAUUGUGUAUAGUAUGCAACAAAAAAGAAGGAAAGUACAUUUCGGCGUUGUACUUUAGUGUGAAAAUCCUCUACGUCAUCAACGUCAUAUCGCAGUUUUAUAUUCUGAACGCGUUUCUCGGAAUGGAUUAUACCAGUUACGGUUACGCUGUAUUGAACGGACUGUCAAGCGUCAACACUUGGCCCGAAAGUCCACGUUUUCCCAGGAUUACGUUGUGUGACUUCACAAUACGUCAGCUGCAGAACGUCCAACGAUACACGGUCCAGUGCGUUCUCCCCAUCAAUCUGUUCAACGAGAAAGUCUUCAUCUUUCUCUGGUUCUGGCUCUUCAUGGUCGCAGUCCUGUCCUGCAUCAAUCUGUUUCAGUGGUUUGUAAAUCACGUUGCCCGUCGCAACAACUACAUGUUCGUAAAGAAGUAUCUGAAAAACAUGGACAGGGUCAGAACCGCAGACGACAAGAAGCUGUGCCGGAAGUUCUCCGACUACUACUUGAGGGAUGAUGGUUGUUUCGUUCUGAAAAUAAUCGGGAUGAACACGUCGGACCUAGUCGUCAUGGACCUCAUCGAACAACUAUGGGGGCUGUACGUCAAGAACACCAGCCGACGCGUGCAUUUCAACGACGACGAAGAACAUGUAGCCGACACCACCGACGGGAAAUCCGCGAGUCACGCAUCGCCAGUUUAAUAUCAACACAAUUUUAGCCAUUUCGUUUUAUAGAUUAUUUGAGAAGCGUCCUUCAAAAACGGGGCUUGUGCAUGUGAGAAAAUGUCGUCCCAAAUUAGCUUGUGCCAACAGGCUUAUCAGGAUAACGCCCUCCGCUUAAAACUGGAUUUUCGCUAAGAAGAAACUUCCUUUAACGAAAAAUACCAUUACAGCGGAAAGUGUCGUCCCUGAUAAUCCUGUGCGGAACUGCACAGGCUAAUAUGGGACGACAUUUUACCGGUAUCUAAAUAGCACCGUUUUCGAGGCUCAUUUCUUAUUUUAAAUUCAUUAUAUUAUUUCAUAUUAUUUGCCACUUAUAACAAGGCUUAAAAUAUUAUAUAAAAAAAGUGUGCUAUAUUGGGCACAAACAAUUGAUGCGAUUGCUUUAUCAUCCAUUUACCCAUUUAUGCCUAGCGUGUAUAAAAAAGGCCUUGGCAAACAGCGUAGACCCAGAUGAGACGCCGCAUGAUGCGGCUUCUCAUCAGGGUCUGCGCUGUUUGCUUAAAGAAAUUUCUGUAAGAAAUAUUCUAAAUAUAGAAAUAAAUAUACUAGACAUCCCUAAUUUUGAAAUAAAUUGAUCCAAUUUAGAAGGAUGGGAGAGUCCACUGGGAAUAAAUGGGUUAAAAAGAGGCAAAAACCAGUAUGAUCAUGUGUGCCAUUACUUUGCACGGAACAUGAAAGGAUCUCUUUUUCGUUGUGAUUGUGUAAUGAAGUGAUGUGUUUUGUAUUUUGUAUUUAUUUGUUUGUGCAACAUAUGUGUGCCAUUUAAGCUAUUUUUAAACAUUUUGACGUAUGUUGUUGUUGUUGUUGUUUAAUCGCAGUAACCAAUGGCGUUGUAGCCAUUUAGCUACACUCAUCAUUAGUUGUUCACAAACAAAAUUUAAUAGGACUAAGCUCCUACUCUUUCCUAUUUUUUUUAAACGAAGUUCACCAGUAUUUAAAAUUCUGUCUUCGAUCAUAUUCUACAAAAUUUUGAAACUUUUUCUACACGCUACGUGUGCUUGUAAAGUACAUUUGUAAAACUACGAGAAUAUUGUAUUCCAAAGAGAUUCAUCACCCAAAGAGAAAUUGCACAAAAGUAGUGCGGUGUUUACUCGGGUUAGGGUUAGGGUUAGAGGGUUCGGGUAAGGUUUAGGGUAGGGUUAGGGUUAAGGUAAGGGACCUUUGUAAAAAAUAUUAACUGUAUCAAUGCUCAUUUAAUUGACGUGUACUAUCUAUUUGUUAUCUGUUAUGUGUGUCGUAUCUAUCUGUAAAAUAAUGCCGCCCGUAAAACAAUGGCAGCAAGUGCUCGGAGCUCUUUUGUCGUUUGGUUCAUGUUAAUUCUUGUCAUGGCAUAAGCACAAAGGCUUCGCAAGAUGCUUCACUGACGUUACGCGCAAAUUUGAUCUCAUUUGCAAGUCAUUAAAUAAAUCCCAAGUUAUAAUUUACUGUGAUUCCUUGUAUUUAAUGCUGGGGGAUAUAUUAUAUAUAAACUUAUAUGUUGGGGAAAAGAUCUUUUAUUUUUGUAAUGUUCGAUAAUGCGUUUUCACCCGCACCUAUUGCAUUUAUAUCAAAUGCUUGUUUAUGUCCGGCAUUUCACCAAAUUGUUGAGAUUUAUGUACUUUAAAUUAUGUUUUUAGAUAAAAUCACGUAAUUUAAUGUAAAAUUAUCCGGGUCACGUGAUGAGUUUUCCCAUCCCAUACAUCACAAAUUUGUUAGUUAUGUUUGAGUUAUACCUAAUUUUAUUGCUUUUAUCAAUUUGUAUUUUACAUUGUUUUUUAAUGUGUUUUAUUAUUUUCAAAUGUGUACGUGUUUCGCUGUGUUAUUGUUGUGUUUUGACAGAUUUGCUGAAUACCAAAAUA